UAUGCAUAUGAUCAGAAUUGAUAAUGUUAAGUAUUAUGUAUUGUAUACAAACAAAAAAAGUCCCCAAACCGCCAUUACUCCCUCCUCUCAUGUGUCCUCGUCCGUGUUGCAUCUUGUGAUGUUUUUUUCUUUAUUAUUACUAUUUUUUUGGGGAUCAUGCUUAGUUUGUGUUGUAGGACUGGAUUCUAGAUCGUGGUGGAACAGAAUCAGUCUGUCUUUGGUCGUGUUAAAAGCGCACCACACACAUACAAUUGGUUAUAUACAACUUAUGAAGAUUUUAAUAAGAAAAAUCCUCACAAGUGUUUAUUGGGGCUAAUCAAGGGAAAUUCUGAAAGUUUACGCGCCAGUACAAAAUCCUGAACUCGACGAGCAUAGGUUUCCAAACCAGUGUGCCUUUGCAUAAUAUUGCACUUAUUUUGUGUGUGUGUGGGGGGGAAGUGUUAUUUACUAAUUGUAUUAAUAUCUUUGUUAAUGGCGGCGUGGUGUUUCAGCUGGUAAAGUGUUAGCCUCACAGUUCUGAAGUCCCAGGUUCAAUCCCGGCCCCGCCUGUGUGGAGUUUGCAUGUUCUCCCGGUGCCUGUGUGGGUUUUCUCCCACCUCCAAAAAACAUGCAACAUUAAUUGGACACCCUAAAUUGCCGCUAGGUGUGAUUGUGAGUGCGACUGUUUGUCUCGAUGUGCACUGCGAUUGGCUGGCAACCAGUUCAAGGUGUACCCGCCUCCUGCCCGUUGACAGCUGGGAUAGCCUCCAGCACCCCACGGCGAUCCUUAUGAGGAUAAGCGGCUAAGAAAAUGGAUGGAUGGAUCUUUGUUCGUGCAUUAAUGUCAGCAUUGUAUAGUGACACAGAACAAUUCAAUGGUUUUGGGACGUGCAAUGAAGGUGUGUUGCUGUUCCUGAAACAGAAUCCUGCACAGAUCCGUUUUGGGUUGAAUAAAACGGGCUCUUUUUUGUCGAAGAUCAGAUUUUAGGUCAAAGCGGUGCUUUGGCAAAGAUUGGUUCGAUGGGAAUGUUUUUGUGUUCAUCCUGUCUUUUAGGACACUCACCAAAAAUGAUUUGUGGUGCCAAAUUGAAGAUAAUGUGGAAAUGUGAAGUUCGCUGCUUGUGAUUUUGGGAGGCAGGUUGACGCAGCCCUGCACUAAUUGGCUCAGGUGUGCAGCUGAUUGUGCAAAUAGUUGCAUGGAAGCUGCAGGGCUCCCUCCUGCUCUUGAACGCAGCACCUUUUUUUUUUCCUCUCCUGUUUUCCUGGGUGGUGGUGGUGGUGGGGGGGGGGACGCUUCGCCUGCAAAAUGUCUCCGUGAGGAAACCAUGAACGCGUCCCUGAACCUGUCCGGCGCUGACCUCGACCCCCAAAGGGUGGCGCAGCUGCAGCACCGCUCCGUCAAGGUGAGCGUCAUCAUCGUCCUGGGGGUGAUGAUCACCUUGGGCAACAUCGCGGUCCUCCUGGUGAUCACGUCGUCCGUGGCCGGCUGGUCGAGGAGCUCCCGGUACUUCCUGCUGUCCCUGACGGCGGCGGACUCCGCCUUCGGGCUGCUGGUCAUGCCCUUGAACUUGUGGGUGAGUCUCCUCAAGGACUACACCGACGGGCCCGACCAGCUGUGUCACGUGGUGGCCUUUUGCAACGCCACCGUGUACUCCACGUGCAUGUACACGCUGGCCGCCAUCAGCCUGGAGAGGUACGUGGCGGUGCUGUACCCGCUCAAGUACUCGUCCAUGAUGACCAGAAGACGGACCCUGCUCCUGAUCGCCUUUUCCUGGUGCUUCCCGCCGUGUCUCCUGGCCCCCAUCUGCUUCCCGGACGGCAUCAUCCAGGUGCACUUCUCCACCGCCUCGCUGGUCUGCAACCCGUCCUACUCCACCAACGUGGGCUACUCGCUGAGCUUGGCCUGCGUCAUCUUCUUCCCGUGCUCGGCGGUCAUGACCUACGCCAACUUGCGCGUGUGGUGCGCCGCCCGGAGGCAGAGCCGCAAACUGCGCCGGCUCGAGCGCGCGCAUCGCAGGAGGCACAACGUGGCCUCCAGGGUUCUGGUGCCCGUCAUGGCCGCCUACUUUACUUGCUGGACGCCGUGCAUGGCGGCAAUGAUCUACAACGCGCUGUCGGGUAGCUCGGUGCCAGAGUGGCUUGAAUUUGUUGUGGUUUGGCUGCCAACGUCCAACGGCUUCCUCAACUGCAUCUUCUACUUCUGGAUCAACAAAAGCUUCCGUCAGAAAUUCCACCUCAUCAUGCACAGACUUGCCUUGACGCUCUGCCCGGCGCUCGUCGACACUCUGGGAUGCUGCAGGCCCUCGGAGGUUCCGUUCGGCUCGGGAUUUCUGUAUUACGACAACGGCGUCCACGAGCGCUCUUCCAGCGUUUCCUCCACCUGCACGCUGACGACCUUGGCCUAGAAGCUCUUUCACGAAGAGCAGCGCGUGGAAGAGGUGGAAGAGCGCCUUUUUAUGUGACUGAAGCUACUUCACCGGUUAAUUAAUUUGGAGGGGGAAUCGAGUCGAUGUGCAAACGCUCGGACGCUGGCGCCGGGCUACGACGGCGUGUAUUUAAUAAUUGCAGAUAUGCACUGUAAAAUAGAAUUGAAUGUAUUUUUUUAUUUUGUUUUAUGAACAUGCAGUCGAAAGACUGUCUUGUUUAAAUCCUGUGGAUUAUUAUUAUUUUUUUUUUUUUGGGUCUUUUUUUUUUUUUUGCCACCCCACACUGUUGCAAGGAUUCGAACGCACUGUCAGUGAACACCUCUUAAAGCACCUUUUUAGUAAUUUUAGAGUAACGCUCCAGCCUAGUCCGCUCACCUCAUAUCCCAACUGUCUUUAUUAUACAUUGCUAAAUGAGUAUUUUAAAGUCAUAUUCCGCAGACGUCGAUCCAUUGACAUAUUUGGAUGUGCGUGUGACUGCAAGCGCUUUUGAAGGAUCUUUGCCAUCCACCUGUUCAUCAUUUAUUUUUUUUUUUUUUAAACAUGAGAAUGGAAGACGUUGGCACAUAACAGCUGGGCGAGGUUAACCUUUCAGUCGCGCCGUUUGAGUGUAUGCAAGGAGAAAAGUAAUUAAGCGGCAACACCGCGGAAAGGUCACCGGCGGGUGUGCUGCCGGAAGAUAACUUUGAUAACUUGUGGGGUUGUUUGUUCUUCCUGUGAGGUUCCUCAUCUGUCCAUCAGAUGUGCGCCGCCGGCGCCGGCGAGGUGUCGCGUCUGGUCUGAACGUUGCUUGUUGCAAGGAAACGUGGUUUUUUUUUUUUUUUUUUUUUUUACAAAGGUGUAAUAUGUUGUGCGUUCCAGAAUAUGUCGGUUACACGUGAGAUUUUUGUUUAAAUUAUUUUUUGUUUGUAAAAUAAGGGAUGAACUUGUUUGUGAAUGAUUAAAUGAAAUAAAGCAUUAUGCCUUUUGAACUGUGUGAACUGCAAAGUUUGUGUCUUACAAAAUAGUGCCGUGUUUGCAGGUUCUUUUUAUAGCGACAACAUAAGCAAAAAAAAAAAAGAAUUAUUAGCUUGGGGCAAAGUGCCACACGCAGACCCAACUGUUAAAAAAGAAAAAAAAAAUUGGCUCUAAACCAACAUUGAAAUGUUUCAUCCGUGGCCUGUGCGCCAUCCUAACACAGAGUUUGAAGGAAAUUAGCAUUAUCCU